AUGUGGAUGCAUUAUGCAUCAUUGCGUUGGCCUGAUUCAAAGGAUCUACGUACAGCUAUCAAGAGAUUCGUGUGCCAGUUAACGGAUUUGAUGCAUGACGCUGAACAUUCAACAAACUACGAUAUGAAUAUUUGUUGGGAUGAUAACGAGGUUGAAAGGAUCGGGAGACUAAUUCGGCAAUACGAGGAAGGGCAGAAGUUGUGUGCGCAGUAUCUACAAGAAGAUUGUACUAUUGAGCAGUUUUGGAGUGAUAUGAUUAAUUAUAACCUUAGAUCAUUUCUGUGUGAGAUUGCAAGGUAUUUCCCUCCGGAAAUUAUCCUCAAAUAUAACCUCGUGUAUGAGGAUUGA